CCAUGAAAAUAGAUCGAACAUAUCUUUCUCCCAACAUCUUUGUCCUGUUCUCCUCUGUUUUCAUCUUCACACACUAUUACACACACACACAUUUCAGAUCUCUUUUUCUGCAAGAGUCAUUUGGCAAUCUCCAAAUCUUGAACGAAGAUGGGUGGUACCGGAAUAGCGAGAACCAUUAUUGGAAUUAUCGGAAAUGUCAUUUCUGCUUGCCUCUUUCUAUCACCUAUACCAACAAUCAGAAAAGUAGUCAAAGCCAAAUCGGUGCAAGAAUACAAACCAGAUCCAUAUGUGGCGACAGUACUCAACUGCGCGAUGUGGUCUUUCUAUGGAAUGCCAUUCGUAAGUCCAGAUGAUAUUCUGGUCCUCACAAUCAAUGGUGCUGGUCUUGUCCUCGAACUCGCCUAUGUUGGCAUCUUCAUCCUUUACAGCAACUGGGGAUUAAGGAAAAAGAUACUCAUCGCUCUUCUGAUAGAAACCAUUUUCAUGACUGUGGUGGUGCUCAUUACCAUACUAGCCAUCCCCGACACCGAUGGAAGAUCCAUGCUUGUCGGGAUCGUGAGUAUCAUCUUCAACAUUAUUAUGUACACGGCCCCCUUGACUGUCAUGCAACGUGUGAUCAAGACGAAGAGUGUCAAGUACAUGCCCCUCGCUCUGUCGGUUGCCAGUUUUUCGAAUGCAGUGAUCUGGACCAUUUAUGCAUUGCUGAAAUUCGAUCCGUAUCUUCUGGUUCCCAAUGCUUUAGGAGGGAUUUCUGGAGCAGUUCAGCUUAUUCUAUACGCUUGGUUCUAUAGGACAACUAACUGGGAAGAGGAAUACGAAAGAUCAUCUGUUCAAAUGUCUGAAAGCACCCCUUGAUCCAAAUUUGCAUGCUUAUCUAUAUGCAUUAGAUUAUUCAUUCUGUGUUGGAAAUUUGCUGUACUAUCUUGGUUCUUUUGGAUAUUGACAUAAUGAAUCUGGAUUUGUGUGCUCAA